AGACCUGUCUCCUUGUCCACACCACACGCUGCCUCGCCCUCUCUGCUCGCAACCAUGUCCGACGACAAGAAGAACGAAGACUUCACAAUCGAGCUCGGCGAGCAAAAGGGCAAUGGAGCCUUUGCUGCUGCUCCUGCCCAAAGGAUGCCUGCAGCUGCUCCUCAAGCCGCGCAGCUGAACAGCCCUGUCGUCGCCAUUCUGGCCUACUGUGGCAGUUCGAUUCUCAUGACAACUACCAACAAAUACGUCCUCAGCGGUCUCGAUUUCAACCUCAACUUUUUCCUCCUCGCCGUCCAGAGUGUCGUCUGUAUCGUCGCCAUCCAGUCAUGCAAGUCCGCCGGCAUCAUCACCUACAGAGACUUCAACAGCGAUGAAGCAAAGAAGUGGUUCCCCAUCUCCCUCCUCCUCAUCGGCAUGAUCUACACCUCGACCAAGGCCCUGCAAUACCUCUCCAUCCCCGUCUACACCAUCUUCAAGAACUUGACCAUCAUCCUGAUCGCAUAUGGUGAAGUUCUGUGGUUUGGCGGCAGCGUUACCGGAACCGCCCUCUUCUCCUUCAGUCUUAUGGUUCUCUCGUCUCUCAUUGCUGCGUGGGCAGAUAUCCAGCACGCUCUCAACAGCCACUCGGGCUCGGCCGCCAACGACAAGAUCUCUACUCUCAACUCUGGCUACAUUUGGAUGGCCCUGAACUGCUUCUGCAGUGCCACUUACGUCCUCGGCAUGCGCAAGCGCAUCAAGUUGACCAACUUCAAAGACUUCGACAGUACGCCCUCUUUCCUUUUCUUGUGA